AUGUCUGACGACGGUUCAAAGAGACCAUCUUUUAUUAGAAGAAGUCGUUAUGGCAUCUUAGGCGAAAGUUAUCAAAUUCUACGGGUCGUACAAUUCAUGACACUAAUCACAAUCAUUGGCCUAACAGCCAACUUCGUUGCAAAAAUUGUUGAUGACAAUACCAGCCCCCCUGCUCUUUUAAUCAGCAUCCUUGCUCUGGUAUGUCUCGCAGCCCUCUACCUAAUCAUCCUCGCCAUUCUAUUCUGGGACCAAAAAGUGACCUACACCUGGGCACUGGCUUUCGACUCCGUGAUACUAGCUGGUCUCCUAAUCAUUGCCGUUAUUGCUGGAAAACCUCUCUCAUACGUCAAGUGCAACGACAUUGGCGGCUCCGGCGAUGCUUCUGCUUUUGCUUCCACUCUCGCCAGUUUUCUGAAUACUGUGUCUGGAAAGGUUAUUUAUACCGACUUUAUUGCAGCAUCUAAACAGAUCUGCAAUGAGAUGAAAGCUAUCUGGGGGUUGGUGAUUGCUAGUUGUAUUUUUUUUGCGUUCACUGUCUUGACCGGGGUUAUUCUUUUCUUCUUCAGCAGGAGAGCUAAGAAAGGAGAACCUCUGGGACCGUGA